AUGUGCUUCUGCUCAGAUAAAAACAUCUGUCUCUGCGACUUUCCCGCUGCAUCCACACCUUCUGUACCCUCUCCUUCAGUCUCUAAUUUGUCCUUCCUGAGCUUCCGUACUCGCCAAACCCAGAAGCAUCGACUCCUCUCAUCUCUGCACGCCCUCCGCUGCUUCUUAUUUUCCUGCCGCGAUAGAACAGAAAGAGCAGCAGAUAAAGAGAGGGAGAGAGAGAAGACUUCCCCCCCUUUCUCUCUUCCCUCACCCUCUCUCUCUCUCUAUCCUCUCUCCCCUUCCUUUCUCCCUUUCCUCUCUCCCCUUCCUCUCUCCCCUCUCUCUCUCCCCUUCCUCUCUCCCCUCUCUCUCUCUCCUCUCCCUCUCCCUCUCCCCUUCCUCUCCCCUUCCUCUCUCCCCUCUCUCUCCCCCUUCCUCUCUCCCUCUCUCUCCCCUUCCUCUCUCCCCUCUCUCCCCCCUUCCUCUCUCCCCUCUCUCCCCCUUCCUCUCUCCCCUCUCUCUCUCCUCCUCCCCUCUCUCUCCCCUCUCUCUCCCUCUCUCUCCCUCUCUCUCCCCUCUCUCUCCCCUCCCUCCCUCCCCUCUCCCCUCUCCCCCUCUCUCUCUCCCUCUCUCUCUCCCCUCUCCCCUCUCCCCUCUCUCUCCCCUCCUCUCUCCCCUCUCUCUCCCCUUCCCCUCUCCCCUCUCUCUCCCCUCUCUCUCUCCCCUUCCUCUCUCCCCUCUCUCUCCCCUUCCCCUCUCCCCUCUCUCUCCCCUUCCUCUCUCCCCUCUCUCUCCCCUUCCCCUCUCCCCUCUCUCUCCCCUUCCCCUCUCCCCUCUCUCUCCCCUUCCCCUCUCCCCUCUCUCUCCCCUUCCUCUCUCCCCUCUCUCUCCCCUUCCCCUCUCCCCUCUCUCUCUCUCCCCUCUCUCUCCCCUCUCUCUCCCCCCUUCCUCUCUCCCCUCUCUCUCCCCUUCCUCUCUCCCCUCUCUCUCCCCUUCCUCUCUCCCCUCUCCCUCUCCCCUUCCUCUCUCCCCUCUCUCUCCCCUUCCUCUCUCCCCUCUCUCUCCCCUUCCUCUCUCCCCUCUCUCUCCCCUUCCUCUCCCCUCCCUCUCCCCUCUCCCUCUCCCCUUCCUCUCUCCCCUCUCCCUCUCCUCCCAUACUCUGAUUCCCUGAUACUGCAAGUCUGA